AUGCGAGGCGAUACCUCUAAGAAGAGAGCAGAUCUAAUGAGUGAUAUAGAAAGUAUUGAAACCGAUUGGAAUAAUAAUUCACAAAAGACGAUUGUAGGAAGGCUGGAAAAAGCAAAUAAUAAAGAGUUUCUGAAAAAGAUUAAAAAAUUUGAAACUUCAUGGCUUAGUUUGAGGCAAUUUUCAGUCACAGCGAUGGGAAAUCUAUUACCAGCCACCGAUUUUGCAAGUAUUUGCACACGAUGCUUGGAAUUAUUAAUGAUGGAAGGAGAGAUGUGGGAGGCAAUUGAAUUAGGAAGGCAUUAUAAGAAGCGUGAAUUAACUUUUCGAAAGUUUGACGAACAGCGCGAAAAACUUUUAAAAGACUUCGAUCAAGGUAUUGAGACAGGACAUAAAGUCCUGGCAGGUAUCAUUGGACGCUUAUUUUUAAGGGAAGCCCAAAGAUUACAAGAAGAUUCUCUCGCGAUAAAAAAGCAGGAUGCCUUUUUGAAUUCUAUCGAUCAAGGAAAAUCAGAUUCAUCAAAGAAAAAGAAG